AUGAAGUUCGCUCUCUCCACAGCAAUCGCCGCUCUGAUCGUCUCUGCUUCCGCAGCCCCCGUCAUUGACGGUAUCGAAUACCCCGAGGGAACGCAAGUUGAAGUCUUUCCCGAUGGUCUCCCCAAGGACCUAGUUCCACGCGCGUUAGCUCAGGAAGAGCCAGCAAAGGAUCAAUUGCAGAAACGUGCGAAUGCUGGAGUAUACUUGUGCAACGAUCGUAACUUCCAGGGAUAUUGCGUUCAUAUUGUUGCGCCUUUGUAUAAGUGCGGUAAGCAAGGCCACUGCUUCAUUAUUCCUAAUGCGCAGGAAACGAGGACGUGGGAAGCUGACUAUGGAAUAGUACCCUUGGGAGGUGAUCUGAACGACCAGGACUCCGAGGGUCAUUUCGGGACCUACUCGCCAGGUUAUCCCGAUCUGACUACCAUCAAUUUCAAUGAUAAGAUCAGCAGCUAUUAUUGCAACCCUAACUGA